UGUUAACUUUAUUACUUUGAAUAAACAAAAAUAGGGAUCCCACUAUAACGAAAAUAAACAAAACAAUUAGCCAUGAUCUAUAGAUUCUGGUGGGAUAUCCAUUGCGCCUUUUAUAAGCUAUUUUUUAUAGAUAUCCUAUACAACUGGAAAAUCACACUUCAGCUAGCUCCCCUUGUAUAGUACUUCUGGAUGCAAACUGGCGAAUAUCACUAUUUGUUAUCAUGAUAAUUUACAGCUUAGAUUAGAUAAAAUUGAUAUACAAAAGCCUUUAAUUCGACCAUAAAUUGAUAAUGAUGUGUUAUUGUGGAUUAUUUAAUUUUAAUUCAAAUAAAAUCAGCCCUUUGUAGGCAAUGAUUUAUUUAGGCGAUUUCGGCAAGCUUUGGUUGGUAUACCAUUUGGUUAACCAAUUGGUACCUGCAACGUCAUAGUAAUGACGUAAGAUACCAUUUUGUUCCGAAUUCGUUUGGUAGGUCAUAGGAGAGGGGAAGAGACGAGCCUUAACCUAACUUUGUGUUGUUCUUCUAGUUUUGGGAGUGACUAGGUACUAACUGCACUGACUAAAAUGUAUAAUCACUAAUCAGCACUGUCUAGACAGUACCUUUGAGUAACUCAGCGUUUUCUGUAAAUUUAAAGCUGUUAAAGUUACCUCAUAUCUGUCGUUCAGAGCCGUUUUUCAAAUGAUCGUCAAACAUUAUUUGGCAGUCAAAACAUACGAGAAAUCAGGAAGAUGAAGGCGAAAAAACAAACAUAUUUGUUAAAAAUUUCAAAUUAUUCAAAUUCUAAUGAACUUCCAUUUAUUUACAUUUUCCAGAGCAGGACAAAACGAAAAUAGACGUAGAUAGCACUAUACCAAAUAGAAGAACCGUGCUGCUGACCACGGUAUCCUAUUUGACAGACCAAAAAGGAUACCAAAGUCACGGUGACGACAUCAUUUUCGUAUCCGAAAUUGGUUGGUAUGCAUUUGACAGACCAAACAGGGUACCAAACCAUGUACCAAAGCUUGCCGAAAUCGCCUUUUAUGUAGAAGGCGUAAAAAAAUUGAGGUUAGGUUAAAUUUUCAUUGUUAAGUUUGACAGUUUAUUUCGAUUUUGACACCACUUUUCAUGCUCCACUAGUUCCGGUUUUGUUUUCGGAGUAAACGGAGUAAGAUUUUUUCGUUCGGGCAUAAAGUUAGAGCUGUCCUGUCACUCCUGUCGUCCUGUCAAAAAAAGUAAACAGAAAAAGAAAAAUUGAAAUUCAAAAACAAAAACAUUCAUCUCAACGUUUUUUACGAAUCUGUUUAAAAUAGUGUGUUUACUUCUUCGAUUAUUUUCCAUUUAAUAGAGCCGUUUCUGAGGAGAUAGCAACGUUGUACUUGUAGCAUAAGGUGGUAGAAACAUGGAAACGUCAAGAUAUGAAUUUAAAGACAUCGAAAAAAGAGUCCACUCAGCGCUACACGAAAACCUAACACUCCUAUCAGCAUUCUACCCACCAACAAAAGAAUUUAAGCUAGUAUUCAAAAAAGACAUGUUUACUAGAAACAACAGAGCUGGUUUUUUCGAAGUAAUUUACUACCUUUUAAACACUCUGAAUCCUGAACUGACCGCUGAGAAAUUAUUGAGUUGGCCAAUCAGAGAAUUGAAAUCUGAGCCUAAAUUUCGAGCUGAAGUUGUAGCUUACGUAAACGUUCUCAAUUCGCUUUACGAAAAUGCAAAUAUUCCUACUUGUCAACCUUCUAGUCUAAUAUCUCCAGGAGGAUAUAGGUUUGCCAAGUUUAUGCUGAAAAUUUCUCAGCUUGUAGUUUAUGAGCAUCUGAAAAAAACUUGUAUCAGUUUGCAUUCCCAUAUUAAGCCCCAUAAAAAUAUCAAUUUAGGCACUGACAAGGAAUUAAACAAAGUUACUAAAGCUAUAGAAAAAGAAACAAAUAAUUUGAUGGAAAAUUUUAAUAAAUACCAUGCAGAAUGUGUUAAUAAAAGCACAGAAUUAAUUGAACGAAUGGAAAAAUUAAAUAGAGAAAUACAAAAAUCUAGAGAAACCUUAGAAGACAUUAGGGCAGAUUUGAAUGAACAAUAUCCAAUAACUAUGUCAAUAAACACUGUAAAAGAAAAAAUAAUAGAAUUAAAAAGACAAAUUAAUGAAGUGCAAGAAAUGAAUAAUUUAUUUGUCUCUGGGGAACAAUUGAUGAAGUAUCUUAGUGAUCCCAGUAUGAAUGUCGAACAUCAGGAAGAAAAAUUUAAUGUACCAGAAGAUGUUGCUCACAUAAUAACUAAUACAGAAAAUCUGAAUUUAUGUGAAUUUUUCGAAGCGCUCAAGGUGUUUCUAGAAACGAAGGCGUUGCAAUUGCAAAGUCCAACCGACUGUUGUAUGCAGCAAACUAAAGAAGCUUUAGAAAUUUAUUCUAUGAGAAAUCAGGAAACUUUGAAUCAGCUUGAAGUACAGCAAGCUAAAAUUCGUAAUAUUCAGAAUAAGCUUAGAGCUUUGAUUUUGUAGUUCUUUUUUUCUUAUUUUGAUUCAGAUCAAAAAUUUUCUGAAAUAUAUUUUUUGUAAUUCUUAUAUCGG